GCGGCGGGCUGCAUUCUGGCGCGGAGCGGAGCGGCGGUGGGCGCAGCUCGUGGGUCGGGCGCGGAGCGGGGGCUCAGCCUGGUCUCCCCCGACACCCCUCCCCCUCCGGCGCGAGCCCCACCCCUCCGCCGGCCAGGCCGACCCAGCCGAACUCUCCCCUGCGGCGCGAGCCCGGGGCGGCUCCGGGCGGCCCCCUGCAGACCCCCCCCACCAUGGGCAGCCAGAGCUCCAAGGCUCCCCGGGGCGACGUGACCGCCGAGGAGGCAGCAGGCGCCUCGCCCGCGAAGGCCAACGGACAGGAGAAUGGCCACGUGAAAAGCAAUGGAGACUUAUCCCCCAAAGGUGAAGGGGAGUCGCCCCCCGUGAACGGAACGGAGGACACAGCCGGGGCCACUGGUGAUGCCAUCGAGCCCGCACCCGCUAGCCAGGGCGCCGAGGCCAAGGGCGACGCCGCCCCCAAGGAGACCCCUAAGAAGAAGAAGAAAUUCUCUUUCAAGAAGCCUUUCAAAUUGAGCGGCCUGUCCUUCAAGAGAAAUCGGAAGGAGGGUGGGGGUGAUUCCUCGGCCUCCUCGCCCACCGAGGAGGAGCAGGAGCAGGGGGAGAUCGGUGCCUGCAGCGAGGAAGGUUCUGCCCAAGAAGGGGGGAAGGCUGCUGCCACCCCUGAGUGCCAGGAACCCCAGGCCAAGGGGGCAGGCGGAGACACCGAGGAGGAGGCUGGGCCCCAGGCCGCCGAGCCAUCCUCCCCCUCGGGGCCUGAGAGUGGCCCCACACCAGCCAGCGAGCAGAAUGAGUAGCUGGGUGGGGGCAGGCGGGUGAUCUCUGAGCUGCAAAAACUGUGCUGUCCUUGUGAGGUCACUGCCUGGACCUGGUGCCCUGGCUGCCUUCCUGUGCCCAGAAAGGAAGGGGCUGUUGCCCCCUCCCAGCCACGUUCCCCCUCCUCUCCCUCCUGUGGAUUCUCCCAUCAUCCAUCUGGCCUUCCUCCUGAGGCCAGUUGAAGGUGGUCCCUUGCAGUUUCCCAAGUUAGGUUAGUGACGUGAAAUGCUCCUGGCCCCUCGCCCUCCCGCCCCCCUGUCCCGCCCCUGAAGGCAAUUGCUGGUUUUCUCCCCCGUUCUUUUCCAAGUAGGUUUUGUUUACUCCCCAAAUCCCUGAGCCAGAUGUGGGGUGCCUACACUCCCAAAUCCUGAGUGUCCAAGCUUUCCCCCUGUUGCGUUUUUAGUCUCUUGUGCUGUGCCUCGUGGCACCUGGGCUGGUGCACACUGCCCCUGUCUGGGUUUUUAUAAAUGUCUUUACUUACUCAAGUUCAAACCUCCUGCUUGUGAGUCAGCUCUCUUUUGGUAAGCAAGUAUUAGGCUUUGGGGUGGAGGGAGGUCUGUAAUGUGAAACAACUUCUUGUCUCCCCGCCCCCUCCCCUGCCCCCCACUCCCAUUGUUGUAAAUAACUUUUAAUGGCCAAACUCCAGAUUUGUACUUUUUUUUUUUUUCUAACUGCUAAAACCAUUUCUCUUCCACCUGGUUUUACUGUAACAUUUGGAAAAGGAAUAAAUGUUGUCCCUUUA